AAAAGUUAAAUUAUUUAUUUGAAAUAUUAACUAUACAUAGAAAAAUAUACAAAAAAAACCAAUAUCAGUGAAAUAUAAAACUAUGUGAUUUUUAGUUACCAUAGUUUAAAAAAAAAAUUUAUUUCUCCCUAAAAUAAAAAUUUAUUUUGAAUAAUAUAUAGUUUCACGAUAAUUGCUUUUUUAUCCACAUUUAGUAAUAAAUGUAAAUUUAUUAAAUUUAUUCUGUCAAUUGUUAAUGUUAAUAAUGUAAGACAAUUAAUUUUACUGCGCGAAUUAAAAAAAAUUUGUGAAUAUAUUUAUAAAAUUGAAGACUAUAUUUCAAAUGAUGUUAUUCUUUGAAAAUAAUAAGAUUAAAUCCUCUUCAUCUCAAAAUGUUAUUCACUAUCCAUCCAAGGAAUUAACAUUAACAUGGCGGGAUAUUUCUUAUGAAGUUAAAACAAUGGACAACGACAAUAAUUACUACUUAAAAGUACUUUUUGGAAAUAACAAUCACCAAUACACGAAAGUUCUUCAAGGGGUAAAUGGAAUUGUCAAAUCUGGAGAACUUAUGGCAAUAAUGGGUCCAAGUGGUGCAGGGAAAACGACUCUUCUUGCUACUAUUAGUAGAAAGAUAAAAGAUGAAACUGUUGGUGAUGUAUUUUUGAAUGGAGAGCCAGUUGAUCAAGAAAUAAUGUCGAGAAUGUCUGGAUUUGUUCCACAAGAAGAUUUAUCCAUUGAUACAUUAACAGUUCAAGAACACAUGGAAUUUAUGGCCAGAAUGACAAUGGACAGAAGAUUCAAAACUAUCUUAAGAAAACAACGGAUCACUGUUCUUCUAACGGAUUUGGGAUUGGUGAAGUGUCGUAAUUCUAGACUUUCAGCUUUAUCAGGAGGUGAAAGAAAAAGGGUUUCACUAGCUGUUCAGUUACUAACAGAGCCGAGAGUUCUUUUCUGCGACGAACCAACCAGUGGAUUAGAUAGUUAUGCAGCUAUGACAGUUGUGAAAACACUAAGAGAAGUGGCAGAAAGAGGGAAAAUUGUUAUUUGCUCCAUUCAUCAACCAGCUUCAGGAAUACUGGAUCUUUUCCAUCAGGUGCUUCUACUCUCCACUGGAAGAGUUGCUUUCCAAGGAAAUUCAGCCGAUGCUACUAAAUUUUUCGAAAGUUUAGAUUUGCAUUGCCCACCAACAUUUAACAGUGCCGACUUCUUUCUAUCCCAACUGUCUGUAAAAUGUGGUUCUGAAGAAGACAGUUACAAGAAGACAUCCUGGAUUUGUGAUGAAUUUGAAAAAUCACAAUACGGCAAAAAUGUCUCAAAACUAAUAGAGGACUCGUGUUCAAACACCUCGAAGGCAGAAAUAGUUCACACAUCUUUUCUCAAUGAUUGUGUGUCAACACUUGAAUUCAAGAAAGUUCGCUGCCUUACUCAGUUGGAAUGGUUAACGUGGAGAAUUUACAUUGAUUACAAAAGAAAUUUAUCUGUGCUCAUUGUCAGAUUUCUCCUCUACAUGUUUAUAGGUAUUUUACUUGCUACUCCAUAUAUAGCAGUAGCUGACGAUUUAGACCAAAGAGGCAUUCAAAAUAUGCAGGGGCUGAUUUAUCUAGUGAUUACCGAAACUGUUUUUACCUUUAAUUAUGCUGUAUUCUAUACGUUUCCUCGGGAAUUACCUCUACUUCUAAGGGACAUUGCCAGUGGACUCUACAAUCCUGCUCCUUAUUAUUUUAGCAAAGUUGUAUUCUCGAUUCCAGGGACAAUAUUUCAAACUUUGGCUUAUUCAACUUUGAUUUAUGUCGUUGUUGGUCUGAAUGGUGGAUUUUCUGGAUUUAUACUUUUCACAAUACCUGUUGCUCUCAGUGCAAUAUCCGCUUCCGCCACAGGAUUUCUUAUGUCAUCUGCUUUUAAAUCCUUCGAAACGGCGUCACUACUUGCAGUUCCUAUUGACUUCCUUGGUCUCAUAUUUAGCGGAAUUUAUGUUCAACUGGGAAGUCUGCCAGCAUAUUUGACAUGGCUAAAAUAUGUAUCACAAUUUUAUUACGGGACGGAAGCAGUGUCUUUAACGCAGUGGCGGGAAAUUAAUCACAUUGCUUGUCCUCCGGAUCCAAAUGAGCCUUGCAUAUCAACUGGUUCAGGUGUAUUGGAUAAAUACGGUUACAUAAUUGGCCACUAUCAUCUGGAUUGUAUCGGACUUUUGACAAUUUUCGUAGUUUGCCAUCUCGGCGGAUUUUUAGCAAUUUUGCGUAGAAGUCGAGAAGAACCAAUUUAUUGAUUGUGCAAUUCAAAUAUUUAUGCAAUGGUUGAAAUUACAAUGACAUCCAUAGAAAAAGUAAAAGUUUUAUAUUUAUGUUAUUUUUUUAAUACAUUUUAUUUAACAUUAAUAAAACUCGUGUCAUGAAUAAAUAAAAAAUAACAUAAAACAUUCAAAAAUAUAAAAGUAGUUACUUA